GAGCAUUCCAUAAGCACUUGUGACUAGGCUCUGAAGAACAAAAGUACUUCUGGAAUAAAGGUUUCGUGAAGGGAAAUAUAUAGAAAUGAAGAAGGCUCUCAGUCAUAUUCUGGAUCAUGGAUGUCCUCUACUGGAUUCCCCCAAGGCAAAUCAAUCAUUUUCAAAAGUGGAUAAGCCCUUCACAAAAGAACAAGAGGAAGACAAAGUGUCCAAAAAGGGCAACAAGAAAGAAAAACAAACAUCUGAAAAGCCUCCACACAGCACAUCUGAGGGCAGAGGCAAACAGAAAAGUAGCUCAAUAACUGUUAAGAAGAGCAAGGACGUCAGCCCUUCAACUUCAUUGAUGUUGUCAUCCAGUAACACUGCUGUCAUCACACAGACGAUUACCAGAACACUUCCUGUAAAGCAGCAAAAGCACUUUGUCAAUGUUAAGGCCCAGCACAUGCAAAAUAGCAACAAAAAAUCCAAAAGUAGAAAAGAUUUGGAGAUCCAACUGCUGCGAGUGGAGUGCGAAGAACUCAGAAGUCAGCUUGGGUGCCUGAGGGAAGGGCUGAUGGGGCAGAAGCCAGGUGACACAGAACAGUUACUGAAACAAUCCCAGAGAGAGUUGUUGUGGCUUCAGAGACAGCUGUCCUUUAUCUCCAGAGGAGGCCCUGUGUGUGUCUUGGCAGCUAGCAAGUUUGGAAAUGAUCCAUCAUGUCUGCAGCCUGCAACAUCUCAGAAAACAUUUGAUCAGACCCAAUUUUUAGAAGAGACUCAGGUUUCUAAGUCGCAUGUCUCCACCUUAAAUGAAGAACAUCAUCACUGGCAGCUUUUAGAAAAUGAACUGAAGGAUGCUGUGCAAGAAAAGAACCGCCUGAGCCUCCAGUAUGCAAGUGUGUCCCAAAAAGCACUGCAGUAUGACCAGAUAAAAGCAGACUAUGACCAUCUUAGAGAAACCCUUCUCAGAGUGACCAAAGAAAGAGAUUUGGCUUUAAAGGGAAAACACCAGCUCCAAGCCAAGCUGGAGAACUUAGAGCAGGUCCUAAAGCAUAUGCGAGAGGCUGCUGAACGGCGGCAACAGCUGGAGUUGGAGCAUGAGCAAGCCCUGGCUGUCCUCAACGCCAAACAGCAGGAAAUCGAGCUCCUGCAGAAGGCUCAGGUUGAAGCUAAGAAGGAACAUGAAGGAGCAGUUCAAUUGCUAGAGGCCAAGGUCCGAGAGCUGGAGGAGAAAUGCCGGACACAGAGUGAACAAUUUAACCUCUUGUCCAGAGAACUGGAGAAAUUUCGACAGCAAGCGGGGAAGAUUGAUCUCCUGAGCAGUAACUCGGUGGCAUCCUCAGAUAUCCCUGGUUCUCCUGGUAAAUCUCUGUCUCAGUUAAUAAAUGGAAUAGCCACUUCUAUAGGCAAAGGUCAUGAAAGUCCUCCUGGAAGUCGUUGCGUGAUUUCAGAGUUUAUACGACCCCUUCAAGUAUCUGGAGACAAACCAGAACAACUGUCAGUCAAACCUACAUUCCUCUCCAAGUCAAGAUCUGGUACCCCAAGAUGCAGAUUUGAUUCAGACAUGGAUAAUGAUCAGAAUUCCAAUACCUCAAAGCAGAGAUAUUCUGGGAAAGUCCAUCUUUGCAUUGCCCGUUAUAGUUACAACCCUUUUGAUGGACCAAAUGAAAAUCCAGAGGCAGAGCUCCCCCUUACGGCAGGAAAGUACCUCUAUGUUUAUGGAGAUAUGGAUGAGGAUGGCUUUUAUGAAGGGGAACUUCUAGAUGGACAAAGAGGACUAGUCCCUUCAAAUUUUGUGGAUUUUGUUCAAGACAACGAGACCCGGUUAUCAAGCACAUUAAGCCGUGAACAAGAUCAGAAUUUUAUCAACCAUUCAGGUCCUUCAUUGGAAGGAGAUGUCUUGGAGAUAAGCCCACCAACUCACAUAGACUCUAGUGUAAUCAGCAACGGCGCAGGGACUCUGGAUGUGAACAUUGAUGAAAUUGGAGAAGACAUUGUGCCUUAUCCUAGAAAAAUCACCCUUAUUAAACAACUAGCCAAAAGUGUCAUUGUGGGCUGGGAGCCACCGGUAGUGCCACCCGGAUGGGGAGCCAUUAGCAGCUACAAUGUUCUGGUUGACAAAGAAGUACGGAUGAACGUAGCCUUGGGAAGCAGAACAAAAGCUCUUAUAGAAAAGCUUAACAUUUCUACUUGCACAUACCGAAUAUCAAUCCAGAGCAUUACAAACAAGGGUAACUCAGAUGAACUGCAGUGCACUUUGUUAGUUGGGAAGGAUGUCAUAGUAGCCCCCUCUAAUCUUAAAGUGGACAAUAUAACCCAGAUUUCUGCUGAGCUGUCCUGGCUCCCUACAAAUAGUAAUUACAGUCACGUGAUCUUUCUUAAUGAGGAAGAAUUCGACAUUGUCAAGGCUGCUAGCUACAAGUACCAUUUUUUUAAUUUGAAGCCCAAUAUGGCCUACAAGGUGAAGGUCAUGGCAAAGCCCCAUCAGAUGCCCUGGCAGCUUCCCCUGGAACAAAGAGAAAAAAAGGAAGCCUUUGUGGAAUUUUCUACAUUGCCAGCAGGUCCUCCAGCUCCACCUCAAGAUGUUACUGUACGGGCUGGUUCUAGCCCAGCAACCAUACAGGUGUCCUGGAAACCACCAACUCUGACAGCAACAGGGACCUCCCACGGUGCCAAUGUCACAGGCUAUGGUGUUUAUGCGAGAGGUCAACGGGUGGCGGAGGUGAUCUUUCCAACAGCAGAGAACACACUGGUGGAGCUAAUGAGACUAAGGAAUUUGGAAGCAAAGGAAGUUACAGUUCGAACACUCUCUGCACAAGGGGAAUCAAUGGACUCUUCUGUUGCUGCCAUUCCAUCUGACCUACUGGUGCCUCCAACCCCACAUCCCAGAACUGCUCCCAAAUCUAAGCCAUUAGCAAGUGCCGGAGCCCCAGAAACCAAAGAAGAACAUUUAGGUCCACAUUUAAAAAUGGAUGAGUCAUGGGAGCAGACUCGUUCGGCAUCUCCUGUUCAUAGACAUAUGCUUGAGCCACCUGCCCCUAAUUUUCACGGUUCUCUUCAGGGGAGGAGGUCUCCAUCACCUAACCGAAUACUCCCUCAACCUCAAGGCACACCUGUCCCAAACACUGUUGCAAAAGCCAUGGCAAGAGAAGCUGCACAACGAGUUGCAGAGAGCAACAGGAUGGAGAGGAGGAGUGUUUUUAGUGAAAGGAGUAAUGCAGCCCAGUACGCUAACUCAGAUGAUGAGGAAGAUGGCUAUGAUUCUCCUCACAUCAAAAGAAGAGGGGCUUCAGUUGAUGAUUUCCUGAAAGGGUCAGAACUUGGAAAGCAACCUCACUAUUGCCAUGGUGAAGAGUACCAUACAGAGAGCAGCAGAGGGUCUGACUUGUCUGAUAUUAUGGAAGAAGAUGAGGAAGAGCUGUACUCAGAAAUGCAGCUGGAGGAUGGAGGAAGGCGACGAGUCAGUGUGACUUCACACAAUGCACUUAAGGAGUGCGAUAAGAAUAAGACCACUGAAGCCUCUUUUUUGGAACAGCCUGACUUUUCACAGCAGAUACAUCACAGUAAAAAGCUUUUCAGUAUUCCAGAAGUAGCUGAAGAGGAUGGUGAAUACUCUGAACUGCUGUACAAGCAGGGUCUAGGUGUGCCCUAUAAAAAGAAUCCCACAAUAGCUAGAGACUCUAGAACAUCUAGGCCCUACAAUCAAGACCAGCAGCACACCUUCUGGUACCCAGCCAAGCACAGAAUUUCAGGCAUGGAGGAUUUUGCUGCAGAUGACAGAGGAUGUAAAUAUAGCCGGUCCUUGUCAAGAAGCCCAGACAGUGGACUAGACUGUGGAAGUGAAGAAGAGGAAUCUCGGUUUAAUUUCAGAUAUACUUGCGAUUCAGUGUCUGCCAACCUUCCAUCUAGCUGUUGUGCAGAGACUGCUAACUGUUCCUGCAGGAAAAGCAUGAGGCCAUUGCUUGCUCGCAGGAAAACUUUAACCAGACAAACCAGCAUCGAAGAAGACUUUGGUGACCUGGCUCCUUCCUUUGUGGAGCCCAAGAGUGAACAGGUCAAGCCCAGUUACGAGAAAAAGUAUGAGACUCAGAAAUGUGCUAGAACAGAUAACUUGUCUCAUGAAGAUGUUCAGGGAGGCUGGAAGACCGACUUAAAAAUGGCUGACUCUAGGGCAGCUGGUCUACUUGCAAAGCCAUCCCACAGAGAUGCAGAAGACUCUCUGCUUUUAGGUAAUCCAUCAUCUGCAGGACGGCCUGAAAGGGUGGAGCAUGCAGGGCGAAGGUCCUCUCAUGGCAGUGCAGUGCCACAAAGGUCUCGACCAAUGUUGGUCCCUUCCAUUGAAAUUACAAUGGACAGUAACAGUGAAGGCGGGCGGUCUCGGUCAGGUAGUGAGGGAAAUAUUUCACCUGUAAAAGAAGAAGCUUAUUAUGGCAGCAUUGGUGGACACAAGCAGUGGGCCCAGCGGCGUGCCAUGGCCUCUCACUAUAGACACGAUGGCUAUGGUGGUCAUGACCAUCUGUCUCCAGAUAUUUAUGAAGAAUCAGAAACAGAUCCUGGCGCAGAGGAUAUUUCUACUCGAAUAUUUGUUGCACUCUUUGACUAUGACCCACUGACCAUGUCCCCAAAUCCUGAUGCUGCAGAAGAAGAGCUGCCAUUUAAAGAAGGACAGAUCAUUAAGGUUUAUGGGGACAAAGAUGCUGAUGGAUUCUAUCGUGGAGAAACCUGUGCAAGAAUUGGCCUUAUCCCAUGUAAUAUGGUCUCUGAGAUCCAAGCAGAUGAUGAGGAGAUGAUGGAUCAGCUUCUGAAGCAAGGCUUUCUUCCUCUGAACACACCAGUUGAGAAAAUAGAAAGAAACCGACGGAGUGGGCGGCAACACUUGGUGACUACAAGAAGGAUGGUGGCUCUGUAUGACUAUGACCCAAGAGAAAGUUCUCCUAACGUUGAUGUAGAGGCUGAGCUGACAUUCUGCACAGGGGACAUUAUCACUGUCUUUGGUGAAAUCGAUGAAGAUGGGUUUUACUAUGGUGAACUUAAUGGGCAGAAGGGGCUGGUUCCUUCCAACUUUCUUGAAGAAGUGCCUGAUGAUGUUGAAGUCUAUCUCUCUGACGCCCCCUCGCGAUACGCUCAUGACCCGCCGAUGCGUACAAAAGCAAAAAGGGUUCCUCCUGAGAAUACAGGUACAUCACGGAGAGCACCAUCCCCCACAGUUCAUCUCCAUUCUGGGUCACCUACGUCACCUAUGGGUUCUGGUAGUCCCGGGAGAGGCAGGGAUAUGUCCUCGAAAAAGAAAAAGGGGCUGCUUUCCAAAGGCAAGAAACUGCUGAAAAAGCUUGGUGCAGUGAAAUGA